AUGGCACACAGACGCCAAAGUACGACAGACCGCAAUGGCGGACUCAACGAAGACGGCGCCUCGGACACGCCACUCCACCGUCUGCCCGGCUUCGGCACGGGCCUGCACCGUCAGCGCGUCGCAUUUGUCCGGGCCGGCGAGGCGCCACAGACAAAAGGCAGCGGACCAACCGGCGCUCUUCCAGGCGGUGCCGUCUCUGAUCUCUAUCUCAGCAUCGUCAUAGGACAGACGGAAAAGAGAGAAGGGAGUGCCGAGUCGGUUGCGAAGGCGGACGAGGCCUCCACCACCGCCCCCACAACGCCCGCCUGCGACGUGUGUCGCCUCCCCUUGACAACGCCCUCGUCGGCCGCCGCCCAUCACCACGAGUCCUGCCUCGUCCAUCAGGUGGCUCUCGACCACUCUAAGCCACCGUCUUCGCUCAACCGCGGCCGUUUGGGCCUCGCCAUUAUGAGCGCCCAGGGCUGGGACCCAGACAGUGGCAGGGGCCUCGGCGCCGACCAGCAGGGCAUGCCCUAUCCGAUCGAGGCAAAACUGCGGCCAGAAAGACAGGCCCUCGGCAACGGCCCGGCGCCGUCGUCGUCAGAAUCUCGGUCCCGCUCGUCUGGCUCGGCGGCAUCGGCGCCGACACGCAACCGCAAGCAUACGCGAAAGCAGCUGCGCGCCAUGGAAGAAGACCGCCGACGACGGUACGAUCGCCUGCGGGAGCAGAUUAUGGGCAACAAGGAUCUCGACAAGUACCUGCGUCCCCAAGAAGGGGAGUGA